AUGAUGCAGGCAUGCGAUCAGCUGCCCCUCAACUUUGGACUUGUUGGAAAGGGAAGCGAUUCCGAGAAGGUCGGCCUCCAGGAUCAGAUUAACGCAGGAGUCAUUGCACUGAAGCUGCAUGAAGACUUUGGCUGCACGCCAUCGACAAUUGAUAGGUGUCUGAACGUCUGCGAAGAGCAGGAUAUUCAAUGCCACAUCCACACCGAUGGUCUCAAUGAAGCUGGCUUUCUCGAACAUACUGCUGCAGUCUUCAGGGGCCGUAGCAUUCACGUCUAUCACGUUGAAGGAGCCGGCGGAGGCCAUGCUCCCGAUGUGAUCAAGCUAGUCAAAUACCCGAAUGUGCUCCCCAGCAGCACGACACCUACCAUGCCGUUCACGACAAACACGAUUGACGAGCACAUUGAUAUGGCUGCUAACUGCCAUCGUCUUUCAAAGGACAACCCCGCUGGCGCCUCCUUCCUCAAGAACCGCAUCAGAGAAGAAACUAUCUCUGCAGAGGACAUUUUGCAUGAUAUUGGGGCAAUCAGCAUUAUGUCUUCCGAUUCGCAGGCCAUGGGGAGGUCCGCUGAGGUUCUGACAUGCACGUGGAAGGCCGCUCACAAGAACAAAGUUCAGAGGGGAUCACUCCCUGAGGAUGAGGAAACUGGAGCGGACAACUAUCGUGUCAAGCGUUAUGUCAGCAAAUACACGAUCAACCCUGCACUGACUCAGGGAAUCAGCCAUGUGAUUGGCAGUGUUGAAGCUGGGAAACUGGCUGACUUGGUGAUCUGGGAGCCCUCAGAGUUUGGCACAAAGCCCUUCCAAGUUCUUAAGAGUGGUUUCAUCACUUUUGCACAAAUGGGUGAUCCCAAUGGAGCUGUUGCAGAUAUAGAACCUUUGAUUGCCCGACCGAUGUACGGUGCACUCCAUCCCGAGUCGAGUGUGAUGUUUGUGUCACAGGCAAGCGUUGCAAAGGGUGGCGAUGUCCACUCUUACAAGCUCAGGAAGCAGAUUGAGGUAGUGAAGAACUGUCGUACAGUAACGAAACAUGACCUCAAGUACAACGACGCUAUCCCGGAGAUUGAAGUUGAUCCAAAGACCCUGGUAAGUCAUUUGAAACUGUGGAUAUCUCAUGGUAGGCCCUGA